AUCCAAUACCCCCUCACUUUCUCAUUCAUAUUCUUCUUACUUCAUAUUCUAACUUAGCACUCACUCAACCAACAUCUCUAAGCCAAAACCUUUUUGCAAAAAUUCCCAAAAUUAUCUUAGCUUGUUUUUUGAAACAUGUCGGUUCAACAGACGGAUCAGCCUCCGCUAGUUUACCCGGUUUCUUCUGAAACAAGCCCACCUUCACACCCCCAGACGGAUGGCUCGUUUGGGGCAGUUUUCAUUGUGCUGGCAGUAAUUGUGGCGAUAUCCACAAUUGCUUGCUUUCUCGGGCGGUUGUGCAAUAAGCGUUAUAACAAUUCAAAACCAUCUAAGCGCAGUCGACACAUCCAAGAAAAAGACAUGAAACCUAGCCGUAACGCGUUCCAAACUAAAGAUGGGGAUAUCGAGUUCGGGUAUGAUAAGAGGUUUUCGAGUGCUAAGGUCGCUAAUAAUGGUGAACCCAUCAUGGGCCCGAACAUGGGCCAGCCUAAUUCACCUCAUGAACCAAACAUGGGCCGGCCUAAUAUGUUUCAUGAACCAAACAUUGGCCGACCUAAUUUGUUUCAUGAACCAAACAUGGGCCGUCCAAAUUCAUUUCGUGAACAAAACAUGGGCCAGCCUAAUUCGCCUCAUGAACCAAACAUGGGUCGACCAAAUUUGUUUCAUGAACCAAACAUGGGCCGACCUAAUUUGUUUCCUGAACCAAACAUGGGCCCGAACCUAGGUCGGCCUAAUUCGUUUCGUGAAACAAACAUGAGCCGACCUAAUUUGUUUCAUGAACCAAACACGGGCCCGAACCUAGGUCGGCCUAAUUCGUUUCGUGAAACAAACAUGGGCCCGAACCUGGGCCAGUCUAGUUCGUUUAGAGAACCGCCUAUGGGUCGGGCUGACUCGUUCCAUGAACCAUCUAUGGGAAGGCCUAACUCGUUUCGUAAGGGUGAAUUUAGAGAUGAUCACAUGAGGUUUGGUGGUGAUGAGGACUAUGUAGUUAAUAUCCCGAUAUAUCAAAAGAUAUAUCAGUGAUAUAUUAGUUAUCGGUCCCCUACCGAGAUAGCGGUACAAAAUAUUGGUCGGAAUAUCGGUACCGAUAAUAUCAGCGAAAUUGUCCAAUAUUUGACUUAUAUAGGACCGAUAUUUGAUCGAUAAAUCACCGAUUUUCCCGAUAUCAGUACCACUCUUAUUUCUACUGUUCAUUUUUCUUCUUAAUGCUGCUAUUAGUGUUUUAAGUCUUAAUUGUUAGUUGUUACUGUUAAAUGUUAGUGUCAGUUCUUACUUAUUACAAUUGUUAGUGUUAAAUUGCUAUAUAUAUAAAUUUAGCAUGAUAUUAAAAUUACCGUUAUCCCACCGCGAUAACCGAUAUCUCAAAUAUCGGUCCUUGACAAAUAUCCGAUAUUUUACUGCAUUAACUACUUAGGAUGAGGAUCAUCAGGUUAGGUUCAACUCGAGUACAGGAGUAUAGGGCCGCAAUAUUAUUAAAUGUUGGAAUUACUUUCGAGUUUAUUCUAUGAAUUAUGAUACAUUUGACAAAGGUAGGGCUUAGUAUAUGUUCUUUAAUGGUGAUGCUUGUAUCAAGUUAUUUCUUUGGUUGUGUAUGUAACAUUCUUCAAUUUAAUGAAGGUUUAUAUUCAAAUU